CCUCAGCUCUAGGCCCCUGAAUGGCCAAGAUCAUUUCUGAAGUGUAGUAGCAGAGUUAGGAGAGCCUACUGUUCUCAUUUACUCAAUAAAGACAGACAUGGAGCUCGGAUCAAUGAUUAGUGCUGUGAGGAGUAAGAGGGUACUGGUUGGUGAUGAAGUUCGUCCUGCUGUCAUCAUAAUAAAGGAUGGGAAAAUCCAUCAAAUACUCUCAGACAGGGACUUUUCUAACAGUGUCGCCUGUAAGCUGUGGCAGGUGUUGGAUGUGGGUGACAGUGUGGUGAUGUCAGGCAUUGUAGACUGCCAUGUUCAUGUCAAUGAACCAGGCCGCACCUCCUGGGAGGGUUUCUGGACCGCCACCAGGGCUGCUGCAGCUGGAGGGGUGACAACGGUUGUGGACAUGCCGCUAAAUAGCAUCCCUCCAACUACCACACUUGCUAAUUUUCACGAGAAGCUACGGGAGGCGACAGGGAAGUGUUUUGUGGACACAGCCUUCUGGGGAGGUGUGAUUCCUGGCAAUCAGCUAGAACUUCGGCCCAUGAUCCAGGCUGGGGUGGCUGGCUUCAAGUGUUUCCUCAUCCAUAGUGGGGUGGAGGAGUUCCCCCAUGUGACUGACUGUGAUCUACACACAGCCAUGAAGCAGCUGCAAGGCACAGGAAGUGUCCUGCUGUUUCAUGCAGAGAGGGAUGUUCAACAGACAACAGAGGAGAAUGGCGACCCUAGUCGGUACUCUACCUUUCUGCAGUCCAGGCCAGAUGUCAUGGAGAUAGAGGCAAUUCGCACAGUCACAGAACUCUGCCUCCAGUACCAGGUGCGGUGCCAUAUAGUGCACUUGUCCUCUGCAAAGCCAUUGAAACUGAUCCAGGAAGCACGGCAGGCCGGAGCCCCCUUGACAGUGGAGACUACCCACCACUACCUCAGCCUGUGUGCAGAGAACAUACCUGCAGGGGCCACGCAAUUCAAGUGCUGCCCCCCCAUCAGAGGAUCUAUUAACCAGGAGCAGUUAUGGUCCGCACUGAAAGCUGGGCAAAUUGACAUGGUGGUGUCUGAUCAUUCCCCCUGCACCCCUGAUCUGAAGAAACUGGAUAGUGGAGACUUCACUCAGGCGUGGGGAGGAAUUUCUUCUCUACAGUUUGGUUUGCCUCUGUUCUGGAGUUCAGCCAGUAAGAGAGGCUUUCAGCUGUCUGAUGUGGCGCGACUCCUCAGCCGGAAAACAGCCCAGCUGUGUACUCUUGACAACCAGAAGGGCAGCCUUGCCCCCGGCUAUGAUGCUGACUUGGUCAUAUGGGACCCAGAGAGAGAAUUUGAAAUUAAAGAAGCAAGUGUAUAUCAUAAAAACAAGCUAACUCCUUACCUCGGCGUCACACUGCAAGGAGUGGUGUGUGCCACCAUUGUCAGGGGGUGGCUGGUGUACAGAGAAGGCUCCUUCUGCCCCGAGCCUCUGGGGAAGCAUCUCCUCAUCCCUUAGAGGAAAAAUCAAGCCGCGCUGUGAAGCAUAAUAACAAAAAGCUGUAAUAAACCUCAACAAAUCUGA